AUGUUUUCACGAAUUUUUAGAGCUAAACGCGAAGAAAAAGCAAUAAAAAAGUACAAUGAAGCGCUGGCCCGGUUGCGUCAACUGAAAUAUGCAUUUAACGAAGCUGGGCAAUUGCGAAAAGUUGACGAAAAUACUGGUAAACCAGGAGACCAACCAUUUGAAUAUCAGAUCAGCGGAGAUAGAGUUGAAAAUGAGGACCAUUAUGAGAAAAUAGGCGACGAAGUCACAGAAAUCGUUUACGGUUUGUUGGAACAAAAUGGCCUGAAGAGGCUCACCAUUCCCUUUCAUAUGCCAUAUAAUCAGUCGAGUUUUAUAUUUACACAACCGGCACAGCCGGAUUGUUCCAACAAAUUGCUUGUUUUAAUACACGGACUUGGAGCGCUACCCUAUAUACGACGUGCUCAAAAACUUGGCUAUGAUAUCGUCGUGACCAAUACGAAUGAUAAUAUGCGAUACUUUGUGGGUGUAUACACGAGCACUGAUGAAGUGGCAAAUCCCAUGCAGCAUGCGAAUUUCGUUUGGGAAAAAAUUGUGAUGGCCUCUAAACCGCAAAGCGUUGCAAUUAUAGCGCACAGCUAUGGUGGUCAUCUAGCGAUGUUUUUGUCGCGGCAGCAUCAGGAGUUCUUUAAGGAAAAAGUGUUUGCUAUAGCGCUAACCGAUUCAGCGCACUACGAUGUGCCAAAAGAUAGCAGAGAAUAUUUACAAAAGGUGACCUGCAAUUGGGCCUCCAGCGAGGAACCUCUCGACACUGUAUUACCCAUACCAGAUGACGAAGUCCAUAAAGUUUCCGCUGGCCAUGCCAACCACGAGUGGACUUCGUACACGGCCAUGGAGUCGGUAAUGAAAUACAUCGAAGAGAAGCACGAAGAGCACCUUCGUAAGGUGGCUAAUGUUUAA